AUGAAGUUUUUCGUAGCAGCUAUCGCCGCUUCCUCGCUUUUCGUUCUUCAAGCUGCCGCUCAUGGCUACGUUGACUCCGUGAAAAUCGAUGGAACGACUUACAAGGGAAUGGAUCCUACAAGCGGCAAGAAGUUCCAAAGUGCCAUCAGGAGGAUCUCCACUCAAGACCCGAAUUAUGGAGCUACCAAAUCGCACAUUACUUGUGGCCCUGGAGCCGAGAAAGCAGCUCUCGUCGCCACCGCUAACCCUGGCAGCUCCGUCGACAUCGUUUGGAAGACUGGACAAGGGGGCAGAUGGCCUCACAACACUGGCCCGUCCUUGACUUACCUCGCUUCCUGCGGAUCAGUCUCAUGCGACAAGUUCAAUGCCGCUGAUGCUAAAUGGUUCAAGAUCCAUGAAGCUGGCAAGAAGAGCAACGGUCAAUGGUUCCAGCAGGACGUCAUGAACGGCGCCCCCGUUUCGUUCACCCUCCCUGAGAACUUGGCUCCUGGAAACUACCUCCUCCGUCAUGAAAUCAUCGCUCUGCACUUGGCUCCCAAGGCCGAGUUCUAUCCUUCGUGCACGCAGAUUAAGGUCGGCGGUAACAAGAAUGGCGUUCCCAAGGCUAGCGAGCUCGUAUCCUUCCCCGGGGCCUACAAGGAUUCUGACUCCGGUAUCACUGGCAAGGGUAUUUACAGCGGCCGCGCCUCCGAUUACCAGAUGCCCGGUCCUAAGAUCGCUUCCUUGGUCGCUGGUUCCGGUAACGUAGAAGAGCCCGCUCCUGCUACUACGAAAGCUGCAGCAACAACGAAGGCCGCCACUGCCUCCACCAAAGCCGCCCAGGCAACGACAACUCAGAAAGCCCCAGCCGCUACCACCACCCCUAAAUCGACAACCAAGACAUGCAGACAGAGAAAGCGUGAGGCUGCUCCUGAGCCCGAAGCCGCCCCAUCGCCAGAGCAACUCUACUCGGAGGCGUACGCCAGAGCCGAGUCCGAAGCAGCUCGUCGCGAUGUCGGCACAUCCUUCGUCCGCAGACAUUCGAAGUUCGUCCGAAUGGCCAAGCGAUCGCAUUAA